AACUGGGGGGUGAAGGGAAAGAGGAAGAACCCCCGAUGGGGGCCGCGCAUUGUAAGGCAGGGUUUCUGGGGGAGGGCAGGGCCACCAGCCACAGGCUUCCACGUGCAACCCGGGGUUCAAAGGCAGCCCCGCGCCGCACCCGCAGGAGCCGCCCCCUUCUCCAUCGCCGGGAAGCCCCCGCCGCGAACAACUCAAAGAAGUUUCUGCUGAUUGGAGGGAGGGCGAGGAGGCUGGGAGAAGGGGCGUGGGGGUGUGUGUCCCACUGUCAUGUAAAUAUCCCCCGCGGGCAGGGCGGCUGCGAGGCCGACUUAAAUCUCCCGCACCUGAGGCCGCCUCAGUUCCUGUGAGUUUCUUCCUGCUGUGAACAUCAGGGCUCUGUCUCCUGGUCAUCUCCCUCGCGCCAUGGCCCCGAAGCGGCAAUCUGCGAUCCUGCCUCAGCCCAAGAAACCCAGACCGGCUGCUGGCCCGAAGCUGGAGGACAAGUCGGCCUCUCCCGGCCUGCCGAAGGGAGAAAAAGAACAGCAAGAAGCAAUUGAACAUAUUGAUGAAGUACAAAAUGAAAUAGACAGACUUAAUGAACAAGCCAGUGAGGAAAUUUUGAAAGUAGAACAAAAAUAUAACAAACUCCGCCAACCAUUUUUUCAGAAGAGGUCAGAAUUGAUCGCCAAAAUCCCAAAUUUUUGGGUAACAACAUUUGUCAACCAUCCACAAGUGUCUGCACUGCUCGGGGAGGAGGACGAGGAGGCUCUGCAUUAUUUGACCAGAGUUGAAGUGACAGAAUUUGAAGACAUUAAAUCAGGUUACAGAAUAGAUUUUUAUUUUGAUGAAAAUCCUUACUUUGAAAAUAAAGUUCUCUCCAAAGAAUUUCAUCUGAAUGAGAGUGGUGACCCGUCUUCAAAGUCCACCGAAAUCAAAUGGAAAUCUGGAAAGGAUUUGACAAAACGCUCAAGUCAAACGCAGAAUAAGGCCAGCAGGAAGAGGCAGCACGAAGAGCCAGAGAGCUUCUUUACCUGGUUUACUGACCAUUCUGACGCAGGUGCUGACGAGUUAGGAGAGGUCAUCAAAGAUGACAUUUGGCCAAAUCCCUUGCAGUACUAUCUGGUUCCCGACAUGGAUGAUGAAGAAGGAGAGGCAGAAGAUGAUGAUGACGAUGACGAAGAGGAGGAGGGGUUGGAAGAUAUUGAUGAAGAAGGAGAUGAGGAUGAAGGUGAAGAAGAUGACGAUGAGGAUGAAGGGGAGGAAGGAGAGGAGGACGAAGGCGAGGAUGAUUAGCACAGAAGACUGAUGGAUUCCAACCUUCUUUUUUAUUUUCUUUUUAUUUUUUAAUUUUCUCCAGUCCCUGGGAGCAAGUUGCAGUCCUUUCCUCCCUGUCCCUCUGUGCUCAGUCGCCCUGUUUUGAGGUCUCAACAUCAUGGUUCUCAAUUAAUUUGGGGGAAAAUAUCUUGAGCAAAAUACAACAGGAAAAGAAUCUCCGUUUCUGUUCUAAAUUAAUUUUUUAUCCUUUGUCUAAAUUUGUGGAUUCCACACCACCAUGCUCUGUGGGAAAAAAGAAAAGCUCUCCAGUUCCCUUGGCUCUGCUGGAGGGCGCUAGGCCCCUGUGUAGUAGUUUAUAGAAUUUUAGCU